UACAACAAGACCAAAAGGGUUGGUAGAAUCUCGCCCGUGUGCGCAACGCCGAACGAUGCUGUUCAAAAGAGCAUUAAUCUAUCAUCAGCAUGGGCAUUUUCAAAUUUAAAUGGGCACACCUACCUAGUGUGCAUUAAUUAGAUUUAAAGCCUUAUUAUAUUUGUUGAUUAGUAAAAUGUAAACCAUAUGCAGAUGCCCAAUUAUCAUAUUGCAGAUUGCGUUUGAAUUAUACCAAUGCAACAGAUUUUCAACUGCAGUUAAUUAUUAUCAAGCUAUUGACUAGCGUAUUAUGGGAGAGGAGCAUCCUAUUUCUCAUCCUUAAUCAUCAGUAAGGGACCAGGGGCCAUUUUGGAAGAGCCGUGACCAUUCUUCGAUUUUUGACUAGGCAGGCACUAUGCUGACCAGCAUUACAGACGGGAUCCUGUGCUGUCUGACUGGGAAGGCUGCCAGCCUGGUGAUGCCCGUCGAGUCAGCUGGCUCAGAGGACACCUUUGAGUUUGUGGAGGUGAAGCCCGGGAGAGUCCUAAGGGUUCGCCACAUCAUCCCUGAGCGGCAGUCAUCGGUGGUAACGGAGGAGGACCAGGUAAAGGAGCCAGAGCAGGAGAAGGGCAGUGGAAGCAACAGCAGCAGCAGUGUGCACUGCAAGCGCAAGAUCACUGUCUACCGCAACGGCCAGCUAGUCAUUGAGAACCUGGGCGACGUGCUGCACUCGCAGAUCCUCCAGUGCCAGGAUGGUGACCUAGAGCCCUAUAGCACCGUGGAGGUGGAACUGGCCGACUAUAAGGAAGUGCCCACCUCCCCUGAACCCAAACCCACGCCUCCUCUACCCACGGUCGGGGAUCAGAAACCCGCGGCGCCUCCUCGCCGGCGCCAUCGCAAGCCUAAGCGCACAUUGAUGAUUGACUCGGAGAGGGAGAUCUCCAGCUGCAAGGGGACACACUCGGAUGUGGCACUCUUUUUCGUACAUGGGGUAGGCGGCUCGCUGGACAUCUGGGGCAGCCAGCUGGACUUCUUCUCGCGGCUGGGGUAUGAGGUCAUCGCCCCUGACCUGGCGGGCCACGGGGUCAGCAAAGCGCCCCACAUCACGGCGGCCUACACCUUCUAUGCCCUGGCAGAGGACAUGCGCGCCAUCUUCAAGAAAUACGCCCGUAAACGCAACAUCCUAGUCGGGCACUCCUAUGGGGUAUCGUUCUGUACCUUCCUGGCCCAUGAGUAUCCAGACCAGGUUCACAAGGUGGUGAUGAUCAAUGGAGGGGGGCCCACAGCUCUGGAGCCCAACCUCUGUUCCAUCUUCCAGCUGCCUUCCUGUGUGCUGCACUGCCUCUCCCCCUGUCUGGCCUGGAGCUUUCUCAAGGCUGGGUUUGCCCGUCAGGGAGCCAAAGAGAAGCAGCUGCUGAAGCAGGGCAAUGCCUUCAACGUGAAUCCAUUUGUGCUGCGAGCCAUGAUGAGUGGGCAGUAUUGGCCCGAGGGGGAUGAGGUGUACCAUGCUGAGCUUACUGUGCCCAUCCUGUUGGUGCACGGCAUGUACGACAAGUUUGUGCCUAUGGAUGAGGACCAACGCAUGGCAGAGAUCCUUCUGUUUGCGUUCCUGAAAGUCAUUGAGGAGGGCAGUCACAUGGUGAUGAUGGAGUGCCCUGACACAGUCAACACCCUCCUGCACGAGUUUUUCCUAUGGGAGCCCGACAUGUCCAAAAAGGACACAGCUAAGACUGAUCCUGACAAGACUGUUACGGUCAAUGGCGAUGUCGUCCAGACACCAAAACCAAACAAGCCCAUGGACAAAUAACCAGUAAGGAGUUUCAUUUUACAUGAGCAAACCCAAUCUGAGGGCCUGUCUUUGGCAGGUGGCACGUGGUCUUAGGGCUGCUCGCAGGCUGAGAGCUGUUAUUAACCGGGCCAGAGUUGGUUGUUGAAGUGGAGGGGAGGCAACUCGUGCGCCAAGCUUAGAGUGGCAUUUGAAAUGGGAUUUGGGACUGUCGAAAGAAGACAGGAAAUUAUGGAAAGAAGAGAGGCGGAAUCGAAUACAAUGACAGAGAUAGGUGUUUCUGUUUCCCCUUUGACAGCUGUCUGUGCUGUUUGUAAUGUGGUGUUUGUAAUCAGAUAGACCUUGGGUCCAGAGGACGUUUUUAAAACACAAUAUCCAUUCGUAAUGCUCGGAAGUACCAAACUUGGGUUGGUGAGUGGGCCAUUGUCAACCAAAGUGAGGAGGGCAUGACUAUUAAAUGGUCUGUGGAUUGCCUUACUAUCUAUUGUCCAUUAUCUUGUGAAUAAUAUAUCACUGCUGAUUGGUGUCCUUCUGUCAUCAGUUUAAAGUUAAAGAUCUUACAAGACUGGGUCCAUAUUAUGAGUUCUCUUCAAGUGAACCAUAAACUAAAUAGGAUAACUGAUAAACUAUCCAGAAAAUGCUAGCCAAUGGGUGACUGUGGUGUGUUAUGGGAAUAAGAUCGCCCAGUUUGCAUGAGGUCAUCCUCAGUAAUCAUCCCCUAUUUUUUUAUUUUACCUUUAUUUAACUAGGCAAGUCAGUUAAGAAAAAAAAAUAUUUUCAAUGACGGCCUGGGAACAGUGGGUUAACUGCCUGUUCAUGGGGCAGAAUGACAUAUUUGUACCUUGUCAGCUCGGGGGUUUGAACUUCCGGUUACUAGUCCAACGCUCUAACCACUAGGCUACCCUGCCGCCCCGCAGGUUAAGCAGGUUAUAGACUCAAGUGUUGACUGGAUGGAAGCAGUGGUGAAUGGAUUGGAAAUUGUUAUGGCAAAUAAACAUGCAAUAAGUAAUUACAUAAAGUAUGUUGCAGGCAUAAUAAAGACAUGCACCACACCACACACCUGAACAAAUUCACCAUAAAAUUUCAACAGCCUCAUCAAAUAUCAUCAGGCCAAAGGAAAGCUGUUAAAACAUAUCCUUGAGCAAACUACGUAUCUGUCAGUUACAGUCAGCAUCGGUCAACUUUGCUGUACACUGUGCAUUAACUCACGCUUGAAGUUUAGGGUAUCGGUUUGCUUUUGAAACCUAACGAUUCAUCUAUGCACAACAUGGAGUGGAGUAUUUUGCCUUUAAGAACAUUUUGCGGUGUUGUCCAAUGUUAUGUAUUUAGAAGCCUAUGCUUACUGUAUGUGUCUACACUUGCGUAUGCAUUAUCUAACCUUCCUAGACUAUUUGAAGUUGUUUCAUGAAUGGGCUUUUUAAAGAUAUUUCAAGGGUUUUCUUGACAACAUACUUUGACAGUCAAAAAAAUCCAAAAACCUCCCGUGUCCUCUGAGUGUAUAAUCUAAGGGGCAUUAUGGACAGAGAAGAAGUUGGACAAAAGCUUUAGUGAUAAAGUAGUCAUCGAAAUGAUGUAAGAGUAUUCCAGAACUAUUAUUUAAUAAUAGUGAUGCCAGUUAUUAAACGUCCAAUCUUGCAAGUUCAACUCGUUUGACCUCAGAAUUUGAUGUAACACCAUUUAGAAUGAUGUUGUUCUCCAGUCUACAAGCUAGUGUAGCAAAGCAUUUUCCUUCACUGCCCUCCAGUCAAUCUGUAUGUGCUUACUGCUUGCAAUGUCAAAGGUCAACCAUGAUAAUAAGCUAAAGGACAUAACAUUAUCAGGUGCUCAUUUGUGAAUGUUUUCGUGUCUCAUAAUGAGAAUGUGUGAUUAAUCUGCGAUUUAAGAAGUAUGAAGUACAGUAAGGAAUUUUUCCGGUUCGGUCUUUUCGACUGCUGCACACUGUUUAUUGCAUAUGCAUUAUUCUGAGAAAAGAUGCACGAUGAUAAUGCAAUUUCAACAGAGAAAAGAGGAGUUAUGAACUGUAGACUAAGAUAAUGUACUAAUAAGUAAUGGAAACAAAUAGGUUCAGGAACAAACUAGUUUGACCCAGCUGUUGAAAAGAAAAUUAAUUAAUGUGGACUGUCCACCACCAUGAAGUGCUUCUGAUGCAAUGUCUGUUUUUGCACUGUAUAGAUUGAGCCAACAGCAAUAUGGACUGCAGGGCGCUCACAUUUGCUUCCUCCGCUAAAUGUAUACAAAUCGGUCAGUGUUCCUAUCCAGUGUGCUAUCAUUUGUGGUUCAAAAUGUUUAAAUGUAAUUGAUACAUUUAUUGAUGGACAUCAGAACUCAUGCACUGCCUGAAUGUAUAUGCAUAUAAAAUUCUGAUAUAUCGAACUGUUCAAUUGAGUGUAUGAAUGUGCCUUUCCUGGCAUGAAUUAAAACAAAUGUUUGCAUUAUAUGGUUGUUUUUGUUC